GUGUCAAGUGCAGUACACGGAAGUGGAAUGCGGUGGGAAGUGUGCGUGGGUCACAUAAAGGGGACAAGAGAGUUUUUGGACAGUAUGGAUGAAUGAAUACACUGAGGUUUACGGAUAUUUUCAUUUCAGUGGAGUGUGUAAUAUUAACAUGAAGUUGCUGAGUCUGAUUUUGGACUGAUUAGACUUUUCUCAUCAUCACUUCCUCCCUAACCUAAUUCCUGCCUCCAUUAUGUCACUGCUGACUCACGUGCUCGCCUGCCUCUUCGGGAUGGGCUCUUGGGUAGCCAUCAAUGGGAUGUGGGUGGAGCUUCCUCUAGUUGUCCAGGAGAUCCCAGAGCACUGGUACCUGCCGUCCUACUUGACUGUCCUCAUCCAGAUGGCGAACAUCGGCCCUCUAUUUAUCACCCUCAUGCACCGUUUUCGCCCUGGGACCCUAGACGAACGGCCUGUCGUCUACUUCAUUGUUGUGUUGGGUGUUAUUGCUACAUUCCUGCUGUCUUUCUUUUGGAAGAACACAGUGACAAUUGCUGGAUCCUUGCACAGUGUUCCUCUUCUGGUGUUAAGCUUUCUUCUCUCUGUAGUGGACUGCACGUCUUCUGUCACCUUUCUGCCCUUCAUGAUGCGCCUACACCCACAGUAUCUCACCACAUACUUUGCAGGUGAAGGCCUCAGUGGACUUGUGCCUGCUAUGGUGGCUCUGAUCCAAGGUGUUGGCGUGGUUCACUGUGAGAAUGUCACCCUCUUGGCUAACACAACAGCCGUUAAUUCAACUACAGCAGUGAGCGGAGACCUGCAAGCUGUCAGCGAACCAGCUAAAUUCUCUGCACAAAUAUUCUUUCUUUUCCUCAGCUCUAUGAUGGUUGUGUGUCUUAUAGCUUUCAUUCUGCUCAACUGUCACCCUGCUGUAUCCCGGGAAAGAAAAAGUAAUAUAUAUUAUGUCACUGAUCUCGCUCAGGAAAAGAGGGAUCAAGGGUUGUCACUACACUCUCAAUCUCCAGAACAAAAACCAAUGAUUAGUUCCCAGGAGAUGGCCAGGUGGGAACCCCGCAGCUCUUUUGGCAGGGGCACCUAUAGUAACUUUGAGGUGGUGUUUAUCUUUUUUGUACUUGCCUGGGUCAAUGCUUUGACCAAUGCAGUGCUGCCCUCAGUCCAGUCCUUCUCGUGUCUGCCUUAUGGGAACCAGGCAUACCAUCUGGCCGCCACCCUAGCAGCUGUUGCUAAUCCUAUGGCCUGUUUCAUCGCCAUGUUUGUACCACAGAGGUCUCUCAUUUUGAUGGGUGUCUUGACUUUAUGCGGGACUGGAUUUGGUGCCUAUAUCAUGGCAAUGGCGGCGUUGAGUCCUUGUCCACUGCUGGUCGAUAGUACAAGUGGAAGUGUAAUCAUAGUCUUCGCGUGGAUCCUAUUUGUCUUGACUUUAUCAUAUGUAAAAGUCAUUAUUGGAGUAAUCCUCAGAGAUGAAGGACACAGCGCCCUUGUGUGGUGUGGAGCAGUAGUGCAGCUGGGGUCAAUGGUCGGAGCUGUGUCCAUGUUUCCAGUUGUGAGUCUUUAUGGACUGUUUAAAUCAGGUGAUGCCUGCAACACAAAGUGCCCAAUAUAAAUAAUCCACAUGCCUUAUUAAGUUAAUGAUAAUAUUAUGAACUUGGACUAAAAGAGCUUUACGUUUUGUUUGUUUGUUUUUUUUCUUUUUGUUGUUACACUUUUUGUGGAGAUGGUCUGGAACCUAAGAUAUCUGUGAACAUUUUGUUACAAAAAAUAAUGUUUGAUUUCAUGUGUGAGGUCAAAAGUAUACUUGAACAUAAGUAGCCUACUGAAAGUUACAACAAUCAGCCUUAUUAGUAAAUGUGCAGAAAAUGAUAAUAAUAAUAAUAAUAAUAAUAAUGUUGUUUACAGUAUGGACUUUAUAAAUGUUACCAGAACACAAGCUUGAUUUAAGUUUAUCAUUCAUGUGUUUUAAAAAAAUAUUGAAAAUAAAAUUACUGUUGGUGAAAAAAAUGUAUCAGUAUCAGUAGUGAAACAAAAACUACUUCAAGAUCUAUUUUACAUGUUGAAGGAUUAAAUUGAUGGG